CAUGCUAUGUCUGAAAGAUUUAAACUCCUCGAUUGUCGCGGGAAAAAAAGCCAAAUAUCACGACUACAUGGGAAGUGAAGCCCUUGACACAAUAAUUGAUAUCAACUUGUCGUUGGCCAAUUUCAUCUUUAAGCACACAAACAAAAGGAUGCCUGUUUUGGAAUGGCCCCAGAUUCAAUAUAAUGAGCAGUUGAUUCAUCCUUUUUAUUGCAAGAAGAUUGAAGAAAACACUUCUAACUUAUUACCUUGGUACUCAACUCACUUUACAAAGAAUACUGACCUCGAAAACAUGAUCGUAAACAAAGAAGGAGGAUUACUAAUUUUGAUAGAAAUGAACUCCAAAACUUAACAGCAAAACUAAAGUGUUUGAAAAGUGGUGUCAGUUUCAAUGGUCGGAUGUUGAAAAUAGGCAAGUAAAAUGCAUGAACGUUGAUGAAAAUGGCGUAGUAUAUCUACUUUUGGGAUGCAAAGACAAAUCGAAUAGCGAUUAUACAUUGUUGCUUUGUUUGGAAGACAAAAUUGUUCAAAAAUGUUCCGUGUGCUUUCGUGAAGAAAUAGAAUUUAGUAACAUUUUUCUUGCUGUAGCACCAAAUGGCAAUAUUAUCAUUGCUACUGUCACUAAGGAUGAAAGCUACGUCAUGAUGUAUGUGCAUAACAGUAAAGGCCACCUUAAUACGUCAUUUGUAGCAAAGGGUAAACAUAAACCAAUUGAUGAUGAAGUGAAAUAUUUGUCCAUUUCCUCCGACGACAACAUAGUCAUUGUGACUUAUAGAUCACCCAAAAUUUACCGAAUUAUCAAGAGUGCGAUGGACGGAACAUUUGUUAAAAAAUGGAAAUUUCGACCACACAAUGACGAAAUCAAUUCUUACAAUCAAGUCAUUUAUACUCCCGUCACCAACAGUGUCACAGGUUUUUUCUUUGACAAAUCAAAGCUGGUGAUUGAGACUUAUUCUGUUGAAACCGAAAAAUUUCAGUUGCCUAUAAUCCUGAUAAACACUGGAUAUGACUCGGAAAUUUUUGACGAUUCAUUACGCAUCGUUCAGUAUGCUGGCGAAAACGUUGCAUUAGUGUCUAGAAAAAUAGGUGUAGUUCAUUUUGUUAAAGGAAACCGUAGGUAUGGAGAUGUGGACGCGACGUUGAAGUGGAUGAACAUGGAAUUGAUAACAGAUUUAGACUCAGCUCCAAGUGUUAAAAAAACUUUGAGUGGUUGGUCGCUUUCAGUAUCAGAAAACUCGUCAUUAAAUGCCAUCACAUCGUCCGCUGCUUUUAUCAAUUCGGAGCCAUCUAAAACCUCGUCUUCGAAUACCAGCACAUCGGCCACUACUUUUAUCAAUUCGAAGCGAUCCGAAGAAUCGAGAAAAGGGUGGAAGAUAGUAGGUACAGAUGUAGGACAAGAUCUGCCGAUGGAGCAACGGAAAGGUGUACGGCAAGAAUUGCCCGAGGAGGAACGACAAGAUGUACGACAAAAGCUGCCAGAGGAGGAACGAGAAGAUGUAUGGCAUGAGGUACGGGAGGAGGAACGAGAGGAUGUACGAAAACAGGAAAUUAUUAGUAAGUUUAAUAGCGGACAGUUUUUAGCCUAUUGGAUUGCAAAAAAAUGCUACAGUAUCAAGUAGGAAUUCCAGUAAAGGAAAAAAGUUGAUAUCUCCUCCUUUGCCAUGGAAUAUAGUGACACACAUUUU